AUUCAUUGUCUGAUGGGGAGAGGAGGAGGAGGAGGGAGAACGUAUUGAAGACCAGGGGCUGGCAAAUACAGAUGUAUGUGUAGAUAGAUAGAGAGAGAGAGAGAAGGAAAUUUAUAAUACCCCUUAUUUUAAAAUGUGCUACCUGUGACUUCAGCAGUCUCCAAUGGUACAAAACAGCAUGUCCCGAACACCUACAACUUCCCACGAGAUACAGAUGGCUGUAUUUGACAACCCACCGGUGCAGGGAAAGUAUGCCAAAAGGAAAAGUCGAUUCAAACGCUCCGAUGGUAGCACAUCCUCAGAUACGACGUCCAACAGCUUUGUUAGACAGGGUUCAGCUGACUCCUACACCAGCCGUCCAUCGGACUCUGACAUCUCUCUAGAGGAGGACAGGGAAGCGCUACGCAAGGAAGCUGAGCAACAGGCUUUGGCACAACUUGAGAAGGCAAAGACCAAGCCUGUUGCAUUUGCUGUUCGGACAAAUGUUGGCUACAAUCCCACCCAGAACGAUGAAGUCCCUGUGCAAGGCAUGGCCAUUUCCUUCGAGUCCAAAGACUUUCUACACAUCAAAGAAAAAUACAACAACGACUGGUGGAUAGGGCGACUGGUGAAAGAAGGAUGUGAGGUCGGAUUCAUUCCAAGCCCAGUAAAGUUAGAGAAUAUCAGGCUGCAACAGGAGCAGAAGAUGAGACAAGGACGACUUUCAAGCAAAUCUGGUGGAAACUCCAGUUCUAGUUUAGGAGAUGUUCCAGGAACCAGGAGACCCACACCUCCUGCAACUGGAUAUGCGGACUUGUCUAAUUUAGCUUUUGAUGUAGAUGCCAUUGACUUAGAUGCAGAAGAGAGCGAUUCCCAAACCAACCAUCGGUCCCCUAAAACAAGCGUUAGCAGUGUAACGACUCCCCCGUCCAACGCCAAACGAAUCCCAUUUUUUAAGAAGCAAGAGAAUGUGCCUCCCUACGAUGUUGUACCAUCCAUGAGACCAAUCAUACUAGUGGGUCCGUCUUUGAAAGGCUACGAGGUGACGGAUAUGAUGCAGAAAGCGCUUUUUGAUUUUUUGAAACACAAGUUUGAUGGAAGAAUAUCAAUCACACGAGUUACUGCUGACAUUUCACUUGCCAAACGAUCAGUGCUGAACAACCCCAGCAAACACACAAUUAUUGAGCGUUCCAGCACACGCUCCAGCCUGGAUGUACUGGCUGAAGUACAGAGUGAGAUUGAACGUAUUUUUGAACUGGCUAGGACAUUACAGUUGGUGGCUCUUGAUGCAGAUACCAUUAAUCAUCCUGCUCAACUUGCCAAGACCUCUCUGGCCCCAAUUAUAGUCUACAUAAAGAUCGCUUCACCCAAGGUUUUACAACGUCUGAUAAAGUCACGAGGGAAGUCCCAAGCCAAACACCUGAAUGUACAGAUGGUGGCAUCAGACAAACUGGCCCAGUGUCCCCCGGAACUGUUUGACAUCAUUUUGGACGAGAAUCAAUUGGAAGAUGCGUGUGAGCAUCUCGCUGAGUACCUCGAAGCCUAUUGGAAGGCCACCCACCCGGCCAGCUGCAACCCCCCCAAUCCUCUUUUGAACCGCACCAUGGCAACGGCUGCCCUAGCUGCCAGUCCAGCACCAGUGUCCAACUUACAGGGUCCCUACUUAGUGCAUGGAGAGCAAAGCAUUGACUGCUCGGCUCCUGACUUGCAUGAUUAUCGGAAUGACUCUACCAAACAGUCCUACCAUCGCUUGUCAUCCUCCACGUCUCAGUACAGCCACCACCCGCGGGCCAUGUCCCGAGGUCUCUCCCGCCAGGACACCUUUGACUUGGGGACUCAGGGCAGCCGGGACUCGGCCUACACCGAGCCGGGGGACUCCUGUGUGGAAAUGGACCCUUACGACGACCCGGAGCUCUCAGAGGAGCCUCGGAGCACCGGCGCUCGCUGGUGCAGCAUCUCAAGGCAACAGGUCCGGAGGCAGGAGUCCUGGGAGGAAGAAGAGGAGGAGGAAGAGGAGGAGGAGGAGAGGGACAACCUGAACAGGCAGCAGAGGAACCGGCUCAAAGCUAGAGAGCGCUACAGGCAGAACAAUGAGGAGGUUCUGUCCAGGAAACAGAGCGACAUUGAGGAGUGGAACCGUGACGUGUACAUUUGCUAAAUUGUCCCCUUUUCUUACCCCCCGCCCCCAACCUUCGGAGAGUUUUAUCCUGCUGCCGUCAAUCCAAGGAAGACGAAGAAUUUGGAGCAUUCCUCCUUCCCAAUCCCUCUCAAUCAUCAUCACCCCCCUCCUGUUGAUUGAUUUGAACAUUUUGCAUAGGAGAGGGGAUUUUGAAAUCAAUGCCACGUUUCCCCCUCCCUGUUUAUUUAUAGUGCCUCAGUACUGGGUCUGCAAAGGGGUAUCUGAACCAGAGAUGGUGCAUUGUUAACCCUUCAAAGGACUAACGCAGUCGAUGAACACGCUUGAGUAUGUACUUUGCAUUACUGUACACCUCUAUUUUGUUUUUUUGCAACAAAGUCACCUGCCAGUGGAUCGGUGGUAACCUGAUUUCGAUUGCUAAAAUGGGACAAGUCCAUCAAACAGCCAAAGCCAAGAAUCGCAUUUGUCUGACUGGAGGUUUUGUAGGUCUGUUUCUUUUUUGUAGAUCAGGGUGAUAAUGUUGCUGGGUGUGAAAUGUGUAAAUGCCUAUUAUAAACACGCAUGGUAGCAUGAAGUUAAAAGAUUGGAACCUUUUAAAAGUGGCUCACACAUGGACCACUACCCUCAGAGAAUGUUCCCCUUUGUUCACUCAUCUUUGUUUACAUGAAUUUCCAGAUCAAGGAUGGUCUCAGAGGAGAAGAGGUGAGAGAUGUUAUCUUGUCUUCUACAAUGCUCUCUUUUAUUAACCCCACUCUCUCUAUCUUUAGUGGGUGAUUAGUAAUAUCUAUUUAUUAAGACCCCUUUCACAAUGGAAAACUCUUCCCUCCCUCUCGUCUCUCCCAAUCAAUUCCGAUAAGGAGGAGGUGGGUGAAGGAUUAACGAAACACGUUAAGUUACAUGUGGUACUUGUUAUAGAUAUUUUUAACCAACCUGUUCAGACAUGCUACUACAAACCUCUGGAGCAGGUUGGACCUGAGUCAGCACCUUCUGGUCCAGAGGUUGGGAACACUAUCACUGUGCUACAAGAGCCCCAACUUGUUACACUGUUGUGAAAGGGAGUAUCGUGCGGAAUCUAUUCCUUCCUCCACAACAGUGCAGACUGUUUUGUUCAUUUAAGCAUUGACUGUACUGAUUAGGAAUGCUGCUAGAUUCUCCAUUCAGACCGCAUGUACACACUGCUGUGUCUGCCUGACCAUGUUGGUCGGCCAACUGUUUACAAUCAAGAGCUUGAGUUUGCAAAAGACACGGGCCCUCUUGCCAUGUUGGGGGAAGGGGGCCGAAACUAAAACUGGGAUUAUUAUUGUUUCGCUGUGGCCAAAAGACCCUCACUGGGAUUGAGAGAGGGCCAGUAACUCACUUUGAAGGGGCUGGCCAGGUCACUGUCCUUUCAUUACGGCUAGCAUUGACCAUUCGGAAAAGAUAGGCUAUCAGCCUUCGUUAGCCUGGGUGGGAGGGAGGGGGUUUCUGAAGGGUAAUUUAUGCCAAAAUUUAAAAAUGCAUAGAGUAAUAAAUACUUGGAAGUGAUUUAAAAGGCAGUGAUGUAAUCAGGGGAUUCACAUGAUGCCCCUAUAGCAGGUGAGAUGGAGCAAAUGCACUGAGUUGGAACUUUAGCCUCUUACCUUUUGAGACCUGGAUUUAACCCAAACCAGACUCCUACCCUGAAAACUUCCCUUUCCUUUUCAUUAAAGGGACUGAAGAAAAAGUGUUUAGAAUAACGUUUAUCCAAUUCGUUGUAGUCACCUUAAGAUUGCAUGUGGCUUGACUCUGAUAAGUGCGAAGUUGGCACUCUUCACUAUUGAGUCGUGAAAAUAGUUCCUGGAAUGGAAAAACCUGGACGGUGUUUCAGUAGGGUGCAAAUGUUUGGUGAUUUGGGAUAAAGGUGGGGAUCAGAUCAUAGGCAUCUUUACUGCACCAAAGCAAAGUAGAUGGUCAUGCACAGUAAGAUCCCGCUGCUGAAAACAGCAGGAAUACUAAAUAGUUAUCCAAAAACAAAUUAACAGACAACAAAAUGGGAAGUGUGAAGCUCUAGGAAAUCAUUGUCCAGAUCCCGUAAUUAAAUCAUGGCCUUUAAAAUCAUUCCCUACUGUCUGAUAUUGUUUAUAAUGAUAUACUGUUUGGAUUUUCUGUGGGAGGUUAGAUUUUGUUGCCAGUCAGAAUGUGUGCUGGCAGUACACUCCUUGUCCUUAAAGUCUGACAAAACUUAGACCAGAGGAUUGAUGACGAUCAUUGCUGCAGGCCUUGUGAGGAAAUACCUGCAGCCGACUUCUGAAAAAUUCUGUGUCCAGUAUAUAUUAUAAAUAAAUGUUCAAAUGUAAAUUUUAA